CUUAAGACAGCGGUAGGAUGAAUUCACGUACGGCAACUAGUCCGACGUCAGGUCCCACAGAUAUUCGUAUAUCUACCCACAGGGUUUUCCUCCUUUUUCAAGGAGCGCACGUCCAUCUUUUAUUUGCAGGAACAUUAAUUCGUCACAGCCCCCAUCCCAUCGUCAACGUGUAUUAAGGGCAAAAUGGUGAACGUUACCUACGAUGCUUCCGGCGACCUCUAUUCGUCUACUGGAACCAUUUUCAAUAUGGGCGAUAUUGCCUGGACAUUGGCAUCAACCGCUCUAGUAUGGAUCAUGAUACCUGGGGUUGGCUUCUUCUACUCCGGUUUACUCAGGAGGAAGAAUGCUCUCAAUAUGAUCUAUCUCAGUAUGAUGACCGUUGCUAUGGUCUCCUUCCAGUGGUUCUUCUGGGGCUAUUCUCUAGCUUUCAGCGAAACUGCCAGUCCCUACAUUGGCAACCUCAAAUACUUUGCCUUGCGAAAUGUACUAAACCAACCUUCUAUCGGUAGUCCCAGAGUACCGGCCAUCGUAUUCUGCGUCUUCCAGCUUAUGUUCGCUGCUAUCACUCCUAUGAUUGCCCUUGGUGCUGUCGCAGAACGCAGCCGCUUGGGUCCUCUCCUGGCAUUCGUUUUUAUUUGGUCUACACUCGUUUAUGAUCCCAUCGCCUGUUGGACAUGGAACUCCCAAGGCUGGUCGUACGUCCUUGGUGGUCUUGACUUCGCUGGAGGCACCCCAGUGCACAUCUCUUCUGGUACUGCCGCACUUGCCAUCUCACUCUACCUUGGCAAACGUCGCGGAUAUGGCACCGAGCGCCUCGCCUACAAGCCUCAUAACACAACUUAUGUCAUUCUGGGCACGGUCUUCCUAUGGUUCGGCUGGUUCGGCUUCAACGGCGGUUCUGCACUCUCCGCAAACUUGCGUGCAACCCAGGCGUGCAUUGUUACCAACCUUGCUGCAAGCGUUGGUGGUUUGACUUGGAUGCUCUGGGAUUAUCGUCUUGAACGCAAGUGGUCCGUUGUCGGUUUCUGUUCUGGGGCUAUCGCGGGUCUCGUCGCUAUCACUCCUGGUUCAGGUUUCGUGGGUUCUCCGGCUGCUGUUUUGUUCGGCUUCAUGGCUGGUACCGUCUGCAACUUUGCCACCCAGCUCAAGUUUAUCUUCAAGUAUGAUGAUACGCUCGAUAUCUUCGCAUCGCAUGCCAUUGGCGGUAUUGUUGGCAACGUCCUUACUGGUCUCUUCGCUCAAGCAAGCAUUGCUAGUGCUGAUGGCGUUGUUACAAUUCCUGGAGGUUGGCUUGACCAGAACUACCGUCAACUUGGCAUCCAACUCGCAGAUUCCGUCUCUGGGCUUUCUUACUCUUUCGUCAUGACUACCAUCAUAUUGUGGGUCAUGCACUUUAUUCCCGGCCUCCGGAUCCGUUGCGACGAGGAGACCGAGAUCCUCGGUGUCGACGAUGCAGAGAUGGGCGAAUUUGCAUACGACUAUGUCGCUCUUGAAAAUGAAGUCAUGCCUCGUAGCGAGUACAACGCAGGUGCGUCUUCCGGCAGCCGCGAGCCGCAGCACACCGCCGCAACGACAUCGCAAAUAAGCCAAGAAAAACAGAUUGGGGAGGAGGAUGUCAGUCGUGUACAGUGAAAGGGUUCAUAGGGUCGAGGAUAAGAAGACUGCAAGAAAGUCUACCACUCAUUACGUUAAAGUCUGUUUUCUUUGUUCUAGCGUAUUCACACAUUUUUGCAUGUUCUGUUUUAAACAGUAACAUGCGUGUUAUUUAGUUAUCCGGACUUUUAUUUAUGUAACUUUAAGAUCGAGUCAUUUCUUGAUGGACUGACUUGAAGGCAUACCCCUUGUUGACCCAGUUACUUGUGAUACCCUUGUGUCAUGUAAAUACAAGAAAGCCAGAAAUAAGAGAUCUUACGGAUAAA